UUGCUCAACUCAGGCAAACAAAAAUAUUUAGUUGAAUUUAUCAGAUUUUCCCAGGCAACGAGGCAAACAACACAAAUUACGAGACGAAAUAAAAAUAACGAGAAAUUAGUUAACAACAAUGGAUUUUGGUGAACUUUUGCAUUUUGCCAAAAAGAAAAAUGACGCAGCCACAAAAGAUAAUGAGGGAAAAUUUUAUUCCACUAAAUAUUCGCCCCCGAAAAAGGAGACCAAUAAGAGUAAACAACUUUCAAUAAAUAUACAAAAAUUCCUUAAGAAACGUGAAGCCGAAGAGGCUGAGCGAAAACGUGAAGAGCGGCAAAAGGUGGCCGAACUGAUGGCUAAACGCGAUGAGAAGUCCAAAAAUAAAAUUCGUAAAAUGCUGAAAGUCACAAAAUCGGCCAAUAAAUCCGUGCUAGAUGAUGCCAAGGAUAUUGAUGUCAUGGAAGCUGAGUUAGGACCCGAUGGCCAGCCCGGUGAUGGGGAUGAUUAUGGUUACGUGUCCAAUGAGGCCAAUGCCUUUUACCAGAAGUAUAUUGAAAAGGUACGUAAUGUUCAUGAGGACAAGGGCUUUGCGCCCAGUCGGCCACAAUCCUUGCGUGAUCUAUCAGGAACCAAAGAACGUGUGAAAGCGGCCAUUAACAGAGAUCGCGAAGAUUCAAAAAUUGGGCAGAGAACAAGGACUGUUGCACCAACUUCUUCAAGCUCAUCAGGUGGUAGUAAAAGUUCCAAAGAUUCUCAAGUCGCUCGUUCGUACAGCACUUCAAAGACUCUCUAUGAUCCUGAUGCCGAACGGCGUGAUCAAGAGCGCAAAAAGAUAGAGGAAGAGCAACAGCGCAAAGCCAAGAUUAAACGGCAGCCCCAACCACCUCCAAUGGACUUUCAGGCCUUACUGCGUCUGGCCGAGAAGAAGCAACAUGAACCGGUUGUUUUUGUCCAGCCGGAGAAGAAGAAGGAACCAGAACGUCUUCUGUCUGCCAGAGAGAAGCGUGAGCAAGAGGAACGCCAACGACAAAAAGAACAGAAGGCUCAAAGGGAUCGCCAGCGCGAAAAUGACUCAAAGACUAAAGAGCAGCAGCCGACAACAGUAUCAAAAAUGGUCAAUGGACGUAUACCCAAAUUGUCCUCAGCCACAGCUAAGCCAUCCACAAGUGACACGAAAACCAAGCCAAGUUCUAGCUCCAAUUCAACCGCUUCAGCCUCGUCUAGUUCUGCCAAAACUAACUUAGCCUCAAGUACAAAGACUAACCCAAGUAGCAAAGCUACUGUCAAUCUCAACAAGCCACCCUCUAGUUCAUCCUCUUCUUCGAGCGCGGCUGCCACAAAGCCGAAGAACCCAUAUGCCAAAUUAUCAGAGAACAACUCUAUUCGCGAGUUUCCACCCCGAGAUCGACCAAGUAAUUCCGUGCCUAACAAAACUCGACAAUUUCCACCAGCUGAUGUGCGAGGACGUAAGCCAAUGCCCUCCUCUUCGACAUCAGCUCGCAAACCGCAUCAGGAGCAGAACAGAAAUAAACGUCGCAUUUAUGAUGAUGACUCGGAAUAUGAUUCCGAAUUGGAUGAUUUUAUUGAUGAUGGUGAUUGUGAAGAGGAUAUAUCCUCGCAUAUACGCGACAUAUUUGGCUAUGACAAACGUCGUUAUCGUGAUAUAGAUGACGACGAUCGGGGAAUGGAAUCAAGUUAUGCUCAAAUGCAACGUGAAGAGUUUAUCAGUAAGAAAUUAGGUUUACAAGAGGAUUUGGAGGAUAUGCGUUUGGAAGCCAUGCAUAAAAAGCGCAAAUUGGCCAAAAAGAAAACCAGACCCUUAGAUGACGACGAUGAUGAUUAGGAAAGAUGUUGCCUGGACAACAAAUCUCAAUAUUUUGGGUACAACUUGCCCAAUGUGAACAAUAAAAUGAUUCCCUGUGGCCCUUCCUUUUAUCAUAUUUGUAUAGAGGCGUGUGCUUCCCAAAUUUAUUUAUUUGAGCGGAUUGAUUGUUAAUUUUUUUAAUUUUUUGCUUUAAUUUUUACUAUAUACAUACCUAAAUGGAUAUACACUUGUAAACUCACAACAUUGGAGUACUAGGCAAAUAUAUUUUUGCAAGAUAAAAAUGAAGAAACAAGAA